AUGGCGGAAGUAGGCAUCGCCCUUGGAGUCCUACCUUUGAUCAUUGCAGGGGCACAGCAUUAUUCCAAAGCAGAAACAGUGUUUUGUCAAUACCGCCACUUCACAUCCGAACUCUCCUACCUGGCUACCCGUCUUAAAGUUCAGCGAGCCAUAUUCAAGAAUGCUAGCAAGAAAUUGAUAUCGCUAUGUGUGGGCCAGGAAGAGGCCAGAAUCAUGCUGGAAGAUCUAGAGCAUCCGGGUUGGACUGACCCUGCUAUCGACAGGGCCUUUUCUAUGCAGCUCCAGGACAGCUGCGACGCUUUCGCUGACUCUCUUCAAACUAUAAGUAGUCGACUCACCGACCUAGAAAAGGAAUGUCAGAAAUUUGAAGGCGUGUUGCAUGGUUCUCAGAGUGACGGACCAGGUGAUGCUAGGAGUCGCGCUCGGCUGAUAGCUAAGAAGAUUAAGUUCGUUUUCCGUGACUCACGAACCCAGUUACUGUUCAAUAGUGUGAGAGAUCUCACAGAAGACUUUUGUGCUUUGAUCACCCAGAUCGACCCGUCUUAUACUUAUGAAAAGCCGCCACUCCUACCAGCUGGGGGAGAUGGAAGAGAAGUAGCAAAAUUUGGGUCGAUCAAAAACGCGGCGGAGAAUUUGUACGAGGCAUUGGGAGCCGCAUGUACCAAGCAUACAGAGCAUCAAGUACACUUCAGUCUGCAGCCGAGCUAUAUAAGUUCGUCUCCCGAUGUUCGAUUUCACAUUGGUUUUCGACAACUACUUGCCAGAUGUGUUGGUAACGAUGCAGGUCCCACAUGGCUUACUAUCGAGUCAAGAGUCUCAGACCCGAUAAUGAGUGUCCCUAAGAACAAGGAAGGACCUACCAACCUAGAAAAAUCGCUAAAGAGGAACAAAAUGUCGCCCUCGCCUCCACCCGGCAGACCACCAAAGAAGCGGCAAAAAAACGUUCGAUUUCGCUCUCAAACCCCUCCUCCAAUAUGCCAAACAUUACAGCCUGACACUACCCUGCCAAAUCUCUGUUCACAUGGAAAUCUGUGCAAUCAGCUUUCCCAGCUUCUCAGUCAAUCACUAUUAGACCAAAAUCGAUGCAUUGGGUUGCUUGGAGACCUCUCGAAUCGCACACACCUCAUUUAUCUUGACUCGCGUACCCAGUCUUUGCCAAAAGGGACUUGCACUUCACCUUCUAGCUCUUUGAAGGACGUCUUGAAUAUGGUUGGGCGGGCCAGAAAGCCAUUCAAUAGUAUCCCUCAGCUGGAAAGAAUCCGACUGGCCAAGCAACUCGCAAUAGCGCUACUCUCAUUUCAUUCAACUUCCUGGUUAGAUAGCACCUGGUGUAGCGAAAACGUUUUCUUAUAUAACACCAGCAACGAAAAUCCUCAGUUUUCUUUCAAACUUGAUGACCCAUACGUCAAUGUUGCCAUUAAAGGUCCGUGCUCACCAACUCCUCCAACACCGGGCUCAACGUCUAGAAGCUUCGCCCCGAAUCCUUUCCUUUUCGGCCUUGGUGUUAUGCUUCUGGAGAUCGCGUUUGAGACACCAUUGCGAAGUCUACAACGGUCUGUUGACAUCGAAGCGAGCCAAGACGAUAGGCAUACAGAGUUCUUCACGGCAAAGAGGGUUAGCAAAAUGGCUUCCAGGCCUCUAGGCAUUCGAUAUAACAGGAUCGUCCGAAGUUGUCUGAACUGCGAUUUUCGUGGUGGAGAUGAUUUGAAUGAGAGUGCUUUACAGGAGGCUAUAUACCGCGACGUUAUUUUCGAACUUGACCGACUAGAAGAAAAGCUUCGUCGAUUCAAUCUUGAAGAUUGA